GAAUUAAAAAUAUAUCUUCAAUUCAAUAUUUUACACUGUUUCUUAUUUUACAAUUAGUAUGAAAGUUAUCAAGUGAACAAAAAGAAUGGCAUCUUUUAAGCAACUAAAUGAAGAAAAUGUUUUGAAUGAAAUCCUGACGUCACUUAAUCAGCACUUCACUGGCGCAUUUGCUGCUUCCCGCCGCCUCUAAUGUUUCCACGAAGGGGUGCCUUGGAUUUGUACUCUAACCAAACCCGAUAACAGCAAAACAUAAAUGGAGCAACGAUAGCACCCGAGUAGGAGAACAAGUCGAUCUUCGCAUGAAGGAAGAUAAGGAUGUUUUUGGUCACAGGUCGAACAUGUCUCCGUCAGACCGUUCCAAGAAUACGACCCUCGGUUCAAUAUCGAAAUCUUCAACUAGCAACGAGACAGUCGUGUAGAAAUGGCCGCAGUAGAGGAGGAGCAAAAUGGGGCAAAUGGCAAUUUAAAUCGCCUCCGCAGAAAAAGGGACUAAUACUGGCAACUAUAGCGAGCUUGAGUCCUGCUGCAUUUGUCCGAUUAUCAGAAAAGGACAAUGGCGGAACUGAGAUGACGGCGGAAUCGCGAAUGUUGGAGGCAUCAAGAGAGGAAAUUAGUAAGAAAGUUAACGAUGAUGUUCAUGGGCUCGAACGAGUCAAAGAUAGUAUAAUCUUCCUCCUAGAUACCUAUCUAUGGGAGCCACUCUGCACAAGCAUACGAUUCCUCCACCUCGUGGCUAUAUUUGUUCCAGUUAUCAUUACUAUACCUGCUGCAUAUUUUGGACCUAGGGAUAAUGAGCGAGAUAAUGAGCGGGCGGGUACUCUAUGGUGGUACAGGUUUUUAGUCAAGGCUAUGGAACGAGCCGGGCCUGCAUUUAUCAAGGUACUGCAUCUAAUUCCUUCUACCCUGGUUUUACUGACUUUCUAGCUUGGGCAAUGGGCCGCCUCCAGAUCAGAUAUCUUCCCUACGCAAAUGUGCGAGAUCAUGUCACAGCUUCAUUCUAAUGCGCCUGCACACUCGUUACAUGCCACCAAAAGAAUUAUAAGCAGAGCAUUUGAUGGACGACCCUUUGAUGAGAUAUUUGAAGAGUUCCAGGAAAAACCUCUGGGUGUCGGAGCUAUAGCACAAGUUUACAAGGCCAAGCUGAAACCGGAUUUGGCAACACCAAUUGAUCCAGAUAUUCAGGAGCCUAAGAAUAUACGAACGAAUGUGCGUAGAAAUGUUGACACAUUCAUCAAGAGUACACCACAAAGAGUUCCAUCAAGUUACGUCGCUAUCAAGGUACUUCAUCCAGGGGUAGAAAGAGUUGUUAGACGAGAUUUACGGAUUAUGCGGGUCUUCGCCUCAGCAAUAAAUUUGAUUCCUACAUUUGAGUGGCUCUCAUUUCCAGAUGAAGUCGAACAAUUUGGUCAGAUGAUGAGACUGCAGCUUGAUCUUCGAAUUGAAGCUGCAAACUUGUCAAUUUUCCGAAAGAAUUUCAAACCAAGAACAACAGCAUGGUUCCCGUUUCCAUAUACUCAGUUCACCACGAGACAAGUACUUGUAGAAGAAUUUGCUCAGGGUAUUCCAUUAUCUGACUUUAUGGAAAAUGGUGGUGGAGUAUUCCAGCAAGAUAUUGCAGAUGAAGGGCUAGAUGCCUUUUUACGCAUGCUGCUAAUUGACAAUUUUAUCCAUGCAGACCUUCAUCCAGGUAAUAUCAUGGUCCGCUUUUAUCAAUCUGAGAAACCCAACCUACCUUUCAGCAAACACAAAGACGAAAAUCCGCAAUCUCAACCAGAUGUUACCGAACAAGUGCUGGCAAGGCUUCAUCCAUACCGCCACAGAAAAGACCCUCAAGCUUGGCACGCAGAACUUUCAAAGAUUGAUAAAGAAGGAUUCCGACCUCAAUUAAUCUUUAUUGAUACAGGCCUGGUCACAGAACUAAAUGCAACCAAUCGAAGGAACUUCCUUGAUCUUUUUAAAGCUGUUGCUGAGUUCGAUGGCUACAAAGCAGGACAUUUGAUGUGUCAAAGAUGCCGCCAACCCGAUGCAGUCAUUGAUGAAGAGAUUUAUGCUCUGAAAAUGCAGCAUCUCAUCCUAGGAGUCAAGAGUCGCACAUUAGCUCUAGGUAACAUGAAGAUAGGGGAUAUAUUAAACGAGGUUCUCUCCAUGGUCCGUACCCAUCAUGUUCGGAUGGAAGGAGAUUUUGUCAAUGUGGUAAUUAGCAUUCUGUUGCUAGAAGGCAUUGGUAGAAGUCUCAACCCUAGCAUUGACUUGCUCUCUUCUGCACUACCAAUUUUGCGCGAAUUGGGAGCACAGAGCGGAAGUGGGAUGCUACGACAAGGUGAUUUUUCAAUGCUGAAGGUCUGGGCGGGUUUGGAGGCUAGAAAGUUCUUGCAAGCUUCCAUUGAAGAUGUACGUACCCACUUUCUUACUCCUCUAUUUUCCACUAUUCUGUUCUUAAUUGCCACACCUACACUACCCUUUUUCCUUAUCGUCGCCACCAUUCUAUUUUGGUCAAUUUUCUACCCACCACAUUCAUGUCACGUUGGAUUGCGUGUGGUGGCCCUGGUGGUUGAUUGCGACUGGUUGGCGGUUAGUCCAUGGUUAGUGGAUCAAUGUAUCAAACCCAGAAUCAAUGUCGUCUGCAGCUCGAAUCAACUUGCUGUGCAACAUUAUUUAUGGAGCGCCGAGACAUCACUCCGCUUACCUCUUCCCACUGACUAUCCCGUUUUUCGCUGUCUACCUUACCUUAAGCUCUCUGCCCCAAGUCUUCAUUUUGUGUAUGUCUUGAUGAUGACAAGGGGUCCGAACCCUUUCUUUCUACUUGGCAUAUACAUUGUCUGUUUUCAUUCUAAUUUUGUCACCCCUUCGUUGUGAUUUCUCAAGGUUAGCAAUGAAUGCGCAAUUGCUAACAAUUUGAUGUAGGUUGAAACAUGUGUCAAGUAUGACUUAUUAUCACCAAAUGUAUAAAAAGAAAGAGGUAGAGUGGUUUGGAUAGGGGUUUUCUGCUUUGGUAUAGAUCCUGCUUAUACUGCUCUCUGUCCAUGUUGUAUUAUACUGUGCAUACGGAGUAAAGGGGUGGAGUGGUGUUUGGUUGUUCUAAACACUCCAUUGUAGUCUUCAAAUUAGAUUUAUAACCUGCUGUUCAAGUUGAAUGAACAAACCUCAUCAAGUAAACUCGUCAAGUGGCUUCACCAUUGGAGAUGGAGGCAGAUGAGCGUGCGGUUCUUGGGAAAAUAACAAAGGUUAGGCCGACGACAGUGACAAGAUCUGAAGUUUUCUCCUGGAAUUCAGAGAAAUUAUCGAUGAUGGGAUCCUACUUAAGAUGAAAGAUGAAAAUGAUAGUAACUAGGAAUGAAAACGUCCGGGCCGAAUAUUGCCGGUACAGGAACACUUUUUCUGAUUGACUAGGUAGUUUCAGUCAGUGUAAACAACAACAAGCCUUUCAAUCUUUCACAUACUAUGUGUACUUUUCUGUUUCUUCACCUUCUUGCUUCUUUGCUGCCAGUAUCAUGGAGUAGGGCUAGCCUUCU